CUUCUAUUGUCUCCUCUUAUUUUAGUAUAUUUUCCAUUUUCCACCUUUGGGGAAAGCUAUAAUACCUGACUAGUGAUAUCUUCUUCGCCGUCAGGAACAAUGGCCGCUCCGCAUCAGGAAACCAAGCAGGGACAGGUCUCCAUCUCACCCCUCCUCAAGAGACUCGCCUACCCCGCUACAGAGGUUCAGGUCUCCGCGACCGAAAUUGCUGCUGCUUUUGCGCUGAUCUUUGAAGAUGGGCUCUCGCAGAUCCAAACUGCCGCGCUUCUGACGCUCUUGCACUCUACCGGACUCGAUCGUGAUGCAGAGGUGAUCGCCAAAUGCUCCCACCGCAUGAGAGAAGCUGCUGUGCAGGUGGAUAAGGCGGCUCUCAAGGCGGCCAUGAAGUCCCGUGGUAAGAAGGAGGGACAGUACAGAGGUGGCCUGUGCGACAUUGUCGGAACCGGUGGUGACUCUCAUUCCACCUUCAACAUCUCGACCACCUCCUCCAUCAUUGCCUCCCCCCUUCUCCUCACAGCGAAGCAUGGCAAUCGGGCACAGACGUCUUUCUCUGGGUCCGCCGAUGUCCUGCAGGCCGUGGCACCCAUCCCUCCGAAGAUCGAUGCCGUCACCGCCGAGAACCUGAGCAAAGUGUACGCCGCGACCAAUUACUCCUUCCUGUUUGCGCCCAACUUCCACCACGGCAUGCGGUACGCUGACACUGUGCGACGUGGCUUGGGCCUUCGGACGAUUUUCAACCUCAUGGGACCCCUGGCCAACCCUGUCGAUUGGGCCAUCGAAGCCCGCGUCGUCGGCGUGGCCUACCAGAGCCUGGGACCGGUCUUCGUGGAGGCGCUCCGUCAGAACGGAUGCAAGAAGGCGAUGGUCGUCUGCGGCGCCGAGGACCUCGAUGAGAUCAGCUGCGCGGGGCCGACCAACUGCUGGAGGCUGUCGGAGUACCCCAACGCCGCGUACAAGCAGCCGGAGAAUGAGGAUGACGAGUGCUCCUGCGACGAGGACCAGAACCCCCGCACCCUGGUCAAAAUGGAAAUGUUCCAGCUGCACCCGUCCGAUUUUGGCCUGAAGGCCUACCCGCUGACGGAGGUGUUCGGGAAGAAGAUGCCCAAGGACAAUGCGGAAAAGCUCAUGAGCAUUCUGCGCAACGAGCUGCCCCGCGACGACCCGAUCUUGAGCUUUGUGCUUCAGAACGUGGCAGCCCUUUUGGUAACGUCCGGGAUCUGCGAGGCAGAGACCAGCAACAUGGGUCCUGGGGACGAUGGCCAGGUGAUCACCGAGCGGGGACCUGGCGGCGGGCGCUGGAAGGAAGGUGUCCGCCGGGCGCGCUGGUGCAUUGAGAGCGGCGCCGCUCUCCGAAGCUUCGAGCACUUCAUCGAAGUGACCAACCAGCUGUGAUUGACUUUUGUUAUGUGAAUACGUGUGUAUGCGUUAUAUAGUUCGGUUCCUCUACGGACAAGCAUUUCUACGGACAAGCAUUGGGAGAUUGGAUUAUUUUGGUCGGAUAGACCGGUCUGAUUGGAAGUUGUGAGUAGCAUAGGAUAGUGCAAGCAUAGGGCAGCAUAUGAC